AUGAUGAUCUCACCGGUUGUCAAUCUUGACAAUGCAAAGGACCGGUCGUCUGCGGGGGGAGGUAAGGGACGGGACGGGGACUCCGAUGCAGGGUUUGUGCGAUUCACGCCGCACGCGGUGCGACCCACAGUGCCACAGCAGUCAGUAGUAGUCAGUGCGACAGUUGGCCGCUUAAUGCGCGGCGCGCGCGCGUCUUCCUAG